AUGGAUGUGACUCUAAUAAACUCAUUUCAAUAUGGAUAUGAAACAAUAAAUGUGUUGGAGACCUUCCGGGAAGAUCUUUGUUACAUAGGGGAAUAUGAUUCAGAAUAUACCGAAAAAGUCAACAAGAAUGGUGCAAAAGAACAUAAAUUUAGAAUCGCUCCAACUGACAUGUGCGUGAUUGUUAAUGGACAUGUUUAUUUUGCUGAUGCUAGAAACUAUUCCAUCAGCUGUCUGUCACCAUCAGGAUCUGUCUCUACAGUCAUCAGUACAGAUCCACUGGGACUAGGAGGAAUCUGUCAGUCAAUGGACGGUGGACUACUGGUCACAUUGAUGGACAAGGAAUCAAAUCCUUACAAAUUAGUGUCACACAGCAGACGUCUGGUGAAACACAUCACAUUGACAGAUGAUGUCAUCCAUGAGUAUGAAUACCAGGAGGACGGUCAGACCAGACUGUUUACAAUGCCAGGGCAUCUCACACAGAACAGUAACAGUGAUAUCUGCGUUGUUAACGAGACAUGUGGUUCAUGUAUAGGUGAACUAGUGAUUAUGUCUUCCUCUGAUCAUUUAAAGUCUGUGUACCAUGGACAGGACCUGACAAAGAACUUUGCUCCAAGUGAUGUAGUGUGUGACUUCCUCUGUAACAUCCUUGUUACUGACCCAUUGAAUGACCAGAUCCAUCUGCUGAGUUCUGAGGGGGAGUUCUUGAAGUUCUUACUGACAGAGAAUGAAGUUUAUGGUCCAUACUCACUGUCCCUAUACAAGUCAACACUGUGGAAAAAGAAAACAAAAGAGCGUGAAGCUCAGUUAGAAAAAGAGUUAUUAGAACUGGAACAGAACAGAACUGAUAACAAUGCAAAUGAGCCGUCCCAUGCGAAAAGGGCCCUUAAGGUCAAGUCUUACCAAAAGUUCAAAACAUUUAAUAGAAAGAAACAAAUUGUCAAUGGAGAAAUGGAGAAUUAUGAGGCAAAUUUUACAAUUUAA